AUGACCACCCUUGUUUCCCCUGAAACACCAGCUUUGCCUGCAAGUCUGGCAGCGCUCACCCCGGAUGCCAUCAUCGACUGUCCCUUCAAAGAAUUCGGCUGCACCCGACGUGGUCGAACCAUCGACAUCAAAACCCAUAUUCGGGAUGACAAAUUCGAUCAUUUGGCGCAAAUGUGCCAGUCUACGAUCGACUUUCGGGCAAAGGCGAUGGAAAGCAUCACGGAGACGACCGGCAGCUUAGCGCUGGCCGCCAAGUUGACCCUUCGCUCGACGGCCAUUGUCACGAAAUUCAGUAGUCAACUGACUUGGCGCAUCGACAAUUAUCAGAAGCAUUUUGAGGCAGCUCGGAAGGGGCGCGUGCCGGUCAUCUACAGCCCGCCCUUCCACACACAUAGGCAUGGCUACAAAAUGUGCGCUGUUUUGGCGCCGUUUGGGGAAGGAAAAGCUGUGCGUCAAUACGUCUCGUUGUUCGUCUCCAUCCUGCGCGACGAAUAUGACGCCAUCCUGCCAUGGCCCUUCAAAUGCCCGGUGCGGAUCAGCUGGAUGAAUCAAGAUGGCAGUGAAGUGCAUCUAACGGAAUGCAUUCUGCCGAAAGCGCUCCCCGAGAACGAUCCAUUCCUGGGAAGACCGAAGGCCGAACGCAACCCGGCUUUUGGGAUACAGCGUUUUGCCCUCGUCGCUGACAUCGUCAAGGGCAAGUAUGUCGUCAACAAUACGGCCUUCAUCCGCGUCAAUGUCGACGUCAGCAAGGUGCCGACGCUU